GUACAUGGGCACCCCGCCGCGAGGGUACCUCAACCACGGGCUCACCAAGAUCUGCCAGCGCUACGAGGAACGGCCCCGCUACGUCACCCUCUACGACCCCCACAAACACAUACCCGUCUACUCGGCCUACACCUUCAAGAAGACCGACGGGGAGAAGACCGUGGACAUGCCCUGGAUGUUUGAGCCUCAGCUCUCCUCUGACAAAGGCAGCAGCAACAUGGAGGCCUUCCCCCAGUCUGCCCAGAUGCACAAGAACUUCGAGGACACGCAGGCAGUUCUGGAGGACUACGCAGACGUGGUCCAGUUCGAGCGCGGCCUCCUGAACCCGGAUGAGCAUCAGGCCGACCCGGAGGACAAGGCGGCCACCUACACCCUCACCAACGUGGUCCCGCAGAUCCGAGAGUUCAGCACAGGCCCCUGGGCCAAGCACAAGGAAACCCUGCGCCGCCGACUCAACAACUACUGCCGCGGCACGGCCUACAUGAUCACUGGGGUUACAACCUCAGGUCACAUGAUCCGGCGGAAUAACCUGGACCGCGUGGCUGUCCCUGAGCGCCUGUGGACAGCCUACUGCUGCCCCGAUUUCGACCGCAACGUCCCCUACAUCGAGCGCUACAAGUUCCCUGCCUACGCGGCGUUCGGCCUCAACGAUCGCGUCAACAACCAUGUGCAGGAGCUCACCAUCCACGACCUGCAGAAGUUCCUAAAGAACCACAUGGAAGUCGACAAGAACUUCCAGAUCUUCUACAAUGACUGUGUGCCAGACUGGUGAUUCCAAAAGUUCCACUUUUUAGUUAGUUCCUGUUCCUGCAAACAAUUCUUAUUAGGUGUACUAAUAGCAAGAUAAGAGUAAGAUACAUCUAAGAGUAAGAUACAUCUAACGACAUAAAUGACAGUUUCCUAAAAUAAAAUAGUUUAAUGAUAGUUAAUAUUAUUUUCUAAAUGCUUCAAACUAACUUGUGUAAUUGAAAUGGCUCAGAGUAUUAUACAAUUACAAGGUUAGUAAUUUCCACACCCCUGUAGGAACCGCCAUGGAGAACUAUAGUCUACUGCAUAUCAUUCCGGCCCACUUUCCACCACCUUAUACUUGCUUGUAAAUACUAAAGAAUAGAUACGUCUAACCCAUAUAUCUUACAACCUGCAUAUGACCUACUUUAGGCUUUCAUGAGGUCCUAAAUUCAUUUCAAAAUACAGUGACAAGUUGUGGCAUCAGGAGAAAUGUGUUUUAUUUCAUUUAGUGCUUCAAUGUGUUUUCUCAUGGAUUGCUUGCUACUUCAAGAUAAUGUAUUUAGAUUUAAGUAUUCUAUUGCAUUU